AAGUCUAUGGUUAAAUAAAAAAAACAUUGCGAAGGGCGUCAAUUUGUGAUAACAUGAUGAUUGUAUUGAAUUAAAAUAUUGUAUAUACACUGAGAUUUUUAUUAAAAUGUUUACAACAAGAGAUAUAAGCUUGAGUAAUAAUGAGUGAUAAAAUAUAAGUUAAUGUGCAAAUGUUAUACUCACUACUGUUAAAAAAUUCAUUGAAUAUGGGAAGAAUAUGGAUGUUGUUUAUACAUGCAUUAUUUCUUUUGUUUGUUAUUUCUGAAAGUUCACGUGUUACUGUUUAUCAAGGAGAUACUCUGCCUCAUCAUGGACGAUGUGAACCAAUCACAAUUUCCUUCUGUCAGCAAAUACGAUAUAAUCAAACGAUCUUUCCGAAUUUACUAGACCACACGAAACAAGAAGAUGCGGGUUCUGAAGUAUAUAGUCUGUUUACUCCGUUCUUAAAAAGCAACUGUUCACCAGAUUUAAAAUCUUUUUUGUGUUCUGUGUAUGCACCAGUUUGUACUAUAUUAGAUACGCCAAUACCACCAUGCCGUCAUUUGUGUGAAACCGUUCAACUGGAUUGUAAUGUAUCCAUGACACGUUUUGGAUUUCGAUGGCCGGAACAUCUCAAUUGUUCUAGAUUUCCUGUAGUUACAGAUGACAAUGUUAUAUGCUUUGGUGAUCACAAUGUAUCACAAGUUUCUCGGAAAACAUCAGAAACAAGACUUCCUAAAGUGGAAUACAAAUCGAACAUUGACAGAGAUCCCUCUAAGCUUCAUGGUGCCAAGAAUUAUGGAUUUGUAUGCCCAGUUCAAUUUAAAAUUCCUAAAAAUUUAGAUUUAGAAUACUCUCUCAAAGUAGGAGACAAAGUGGAAUAUGAUUGUGGUGCACCAUGUAAUGGUAUGUUUUUUAGCAAAGAUGAGAAAGAUUUUGCCAGAUUGUGGAUUGGUGUAUGGGCGACACUGUGUGCUACAAGUUGUCUCUUUACUGUGCUCACAUUCUUAAUUGAUACUGACCGUUUUCGAUACCCAGAAAGACCAAUUAUAUUUUUAUCAGUAUGUUAUCUCAUGGUCGCUGCAGCAUACAUCAUGGGUUGGGGUGCAGGAGAUAGUGUGAGUUGUCAAGGUCCAUUCCCAAUGACUGUGAGUGGUACAAGAUUGCCUAAUAUUUCUGUUAUUACACAAGGCACAAAACAUGAACCAUGCACCAUAUUGUUUAUGAUUGUAUAUUUCUUUAGUAUGGCUUCCAGUAUUUGGUGGGUAAUACUCACUUUGACAUGGUUCUUAGCAGCUGGAUUAAAAUGGGGACAUGAAGCUAUUGAAGCAAAUUCUCAGUAUUUUCAUUUGGCAGCUUGGGCAGUGCCAGCAGUUAAAACUAUAUCAAUUUUGGCUAUGGGUAAUGUAGAUGGUGAUGUUUUGUCAGGAGUAUGUUAUGUUGGAUUAUGGGAUGCUGAAGCUCUACGAGGUUUUGUGCUAGUCCCAUUGUGUGCAUAUUUGGUUCUUGGCACAAUAUUUCUUCUAGCAGGAUUUGUGUCUCUAUUCAGAAUAAGGACUGUAAUGAAGCAUGAUGGAACUAAAACGGACAAAUUGGAAAAAUUAAUGAUUCGCAUUGGAAUUUUUGGAGUACUUUAUACGGUUCCAGCCCUAAUUGUUAUUGCUUGCUUAUUUUAUGAACAGGCACAUUUUGAAGCUUGGAUGUUAACAUGGCACCGUGAUAUGUGUUCUUCACCACAAUACUCAAUUCCAUGUCCUUUCACAAGUCAAGAAACAGAUCGACCCAAGUUUGAAAUGUUUAUUAUUAAAUACCUUAUGACUAUGAUUGUAGGUAUUACUUCAAGUUUUUGGAUUUGGUCCAGUAAAACAUUAGUUUCAUGGCACCAAUUUUUUGAUAGAAUUAGAGGUAGACGUGUUGAAGCAUAUGUAUGAUUAAUUUUCUGUACCUUUCUAACAGAAUCAUAUCUUUUUACCUGGUUUACAAAUUAAUUUUAAGUAUAAUAUAUGAUAAGAAAUUUAGGAAAGGAAUGUAGAAAUGUCCUUUAUUAAUAACAAUGUAUUGAACAAACUCGUGUAAACAAAUAGUAAAUGAAGUAUUCAUUGACUCACAAACUUGGAUUAAGUAACUGUCAUUGUUUAUUUAGUCAAUUAUCUCUGUACUUUUAAAUUGUUGUUCAUUUGCUUGUAUACAAGUUUUUAAUCAAGCAAUCAUGGUGCCCACCUCUAAAUGGUAUUGUAUUGUUCUAUUUACAGCAUUGAAAAAUAAAAAAGCAAGAUCUUAGCUCUCUAUUUUUGUGACUGCUAUUUUUGAUGAAAGUAUUUAGUAAUAAAGUAUUAUUUUUAAUGGUUCUUAAAUUAAUAUUUUUAGCUUCUUUAUUUAAAUAUGGAUUUGUUCAUAACUUGCAACUAAAUAGAAUAAGUUGAGAUUAAAUAUAAGGCUGAUGUGUAGUAAUGUAUGUAAAUAUUAUUUUCUAUUAUUUUUUACAAUUACUUUUAAACUUAUGAACCAGUGCUAAAUGUACUUACCUCUAAAUAAAGAAAAAUAUUUUUUCA